AAAAAACAAAAGGUACAUGGGGCUAGUUUCGAAAUAAUGUGGCAAAGACAGGACUAAAGAAUCUCACGGUCCUCCACAGGGAAAUCGAGCGGGACGAGUCGUUUUGUCUGUUGUUCUUUUGAAUUUCAAAAUAUCAAACGGCACAUUAUUGGACCAAUGUAACCCCACGAACAAAAACAAUUAACCCCAUUUUACUCACUAAACCCAUCUUCAUACCCACGUCUUCUCUCUCUCUCUCUCUACAUUUUCAGUUUUUUAUUGCUACCCAUCUUGUGUUUCUUGGCAAAGUUUUGUUCUAGAAUAACCUUUCUCUAUCUUUUUUUAACUAUUGUUGCUUCAAGAAUGCUAUUUUCUCCAAUUUUUAUGAACUUUUCUCGCAAGUUACUUUCUUUCUUUUAGCUCUUUGGAUCUUUUUAUUUUUCAAACACUUCGCUGUUUUCUCUUUCCCUCAAAUACCUUGUACCAUUUUAUUUGACUUUAAAAAAAAAAAAAAGUUUCUUUCUUUGUGAAGUGUUUAGGUGCUUUAUAUCUAAAAGAACUGUGUUUUGAUUGCUGCUCUGUUUGAGCAAGACUUAUUCAUCGAUGGGUGCAUCAGGGAAAUGGGUAAAAUCUCUUAUAGGUCUCAAAAAGAGUGAUAAAGAAGACUAUGAGAAGGUGAAUGGUAAAAGCAAGAAAUGGAAGUUAUGGAGAAGCUCUUCUGGUGAUUUGAGUUCUUGGAAGGGAUUUAAAGGGAACCAUAGAGCAGCAUCUGAAGCUUCAGGAUCUUCACCAUUGACUGAUGCUUUUUCUGCUGCAAUGGCUACUGUGGUUCGAGCUCCUCCUAAGGAUUUCAGGGUUGUGAGGCAGGAAUGGGCUGCAAUUCGUAUUCAAACUGCUUUUCGUGGAUUCUUGGCAAGAAGGGCUUUGAGGGCACUGAAAGGAGUAGUGAGGCUUCAAGCUUUAGUUAGAGGUAGACAAGUGAGAAAACAGGCUGCAGUGACACUUAGGUGCAUGCAGGCUCUUGUCCGGGUACAGGCUCGAGUAAGGGCUCGACGUGUGCGCAUGUCCAUUGAAGGACAGGCUGUGCAGAAAAUGCUAGACGAACACAGAAGCAAAGCUGAUCUCUUGAAACAGGCUGAGGAAGGCUGGUGUGAUAGCAAGGGGACAUUAGAAGAUGUCAAGACAAAGCUACAAAUGAGGCAAGAAGGUGCGUUCAAGAGAGAAAGAGCAAUUGCUUACUCUCUUGCUCAGAAGCAAUGGAGAUCCAACCCCAGUUCGAACGGUCGAAGCAAUAGCUCAUUAUCCUCUUUCAAGAAUCAUGAGUUUGAUAAGAACAGUUGGGGAUGGAGUUGGCUAGAACGUUGGAUGGCAGCCAAGCCAUGGGAGACUAGAUUGAUGGAACAAUCGCAGAAUGACCCUUCUGAUUCAACUCCACCACCAAAAUCCUGUGCAGACUCACUCGUGAUGAAACAUUCAAAAUCUUCUGAACAAAGCUUUGUGAAAGUCAGGAAGAACAAUGUUACCACUAGAAUCUCUGCAAAACCUCCAAUUGGGCAUGUUACUCGCUCAUCAUCCAGUCCAAGCUCUGAAUUUCGUUGUGAUGAGAGCUCAGCUUCAUCUUCAAUUUGUACUUCUGCAACACCAAUUUCAGGGAAUACAGGUUUGGCCUCAGAUAGAACAGAGGAGAGUGGUAAUAGUAGGCCAAACUAUAUGAACCUUACCGAGUCAACUAAGGCAAAGAGGAAAAUAUACAAUCACUUAUCUAACAGAAUUCAAAGGCAAUCCAUGGAUGAGUUUCAGUUUCUCAGAAGGUCAGCUGCAUUCUCUAAUGGAGAUUCGAAGAGCAGUGCUGGUUCCGAUCCUUCUUCAGUAAAUCUGUCUAAACCACUUGGUCUGCCAACAAGAUUGGACAAGAAUUCCAUGAAACAGUUUAGAGGAAUGGACUAUCCUUUGUAUGAUUAGAAUGAAUUAUGUUGCAGGAAGUUCAACAGCUUGUUGGUCUGCAUUACUGAGAGUGUGAAUUAAUUAGGAGUAUUUAUGCAAUUAAUUAGCUGUAUCCAACUUAUUUUGUUUAUUAUUAAUAUUAUUAUUUUGUUUAUUAA